CACUCAUCACAACUCAGCGAUGCGCGUCGAGUCGCCGGUCCGUUCGGUUGUGUGCGCAGCCCGUUAAGCGUCGGUGUCUGGAUCCAGCCGUCCGUCCAUGAGAAGCGCAGCGGCGGCGCUGUUUCCGUGUGUCAUCGCGGUGUUGCUUCACUGGUUCGGCUGGACGGAAAGAACUGCGCUCCUGUUGGGCUUCGGCUCUGCAGACAACCAGAAGGCUGUGCACGAGGUGUUGGUGGGUGUUUUAUCAGCGCGGCAUCAUCAUGAGCUCCGGCAGGCCAUAAGGGACACAUGGCUGGGCUACCUGAAACACCACCCUCACUUCCAGAAACGGGUGAUGGUGAAAUUCAUCAUUGGUGAGCAUGGCUGUUCAGUGCCGGAGGAAGAUCGUGAGGACCCGUAUUCCUGCUCGCUGCUGAACCUCACCGAGACAGCCGCUGGACAGGAAAUGGCCAUAUUGAGCGUUCCUGACACGUCUGCGCUGGUGCCGUCCGACGUCUCUGCCGUCAGUCUGGACUUUAAGGUCCUUCACUCUGUGGUCAUCACCCAGCUGGGCGUCUUUCCCAACGGACCACGAGACGACUUCAAGGGCAACGUCACCGUCCGCCUCUUCCAAGUGGACCAAGAGGAGCCGGUGGUCACCGCUCGUUUCAGCACGCUGAGUCCGGGCACACGUGUGGGCGGGAUGUUUUACAAACCCGUCGAGCAGUUCAUUCUUCCCAAGGGUUUUGAAGGAACUCUUCUGUGGGAGGCUCAGGAUUCGACAGGCCUGAUGUCUGUCAACACGUCAGCGGUCCAUCUGAAUAACGGCGGAGGGGUUCUCAAGUUUGGAUCUAUAGAAGAGGGAACGUUGCCUCACAGGAGCGCGUUGGGCUUCCCAGGCUUGGCUGGAGGAUUCACUUUUUCAGUAUACGAUGUGCAGGUGUUGUCUGAGCUGCUGCGUGGGCGAGCAGGACGGCAGCGGAUCCGCGCGGCCCAGCUGAGAGAGGAAGACCAGGCCCUGCGGGAGGAGAGCAUCAGACAUGGAGACAUGGUGUUUGUGGAUGUGGUGGACACCUACAGGAACGUGCCUUUAAAACUACUGCAGUUUUAUAAAUGGUCGGUGGGAAACGCUGACUUUAACCUGCUGCUCAAGACAGAUGAUGAUUGCUAUAUCGAUGUGGACGCCGUCCUGCUGAAGACGGAGCGCAAACGCCUCUCACAGAGCAGCCUGUGGUGGGGAAAUUUCAGGCAGAACUGGGCUGUCGAUCGUGUUGGUAAAUGGCAGGAGCUGGAAUACGCGAGUCCUGCGUAUCCGGCUUUCGCCUGUGGAUCUGGAUAUGUGGUGUCCAGGGAUCUGGUGGAGUGGCUGGCCAGCAACGCUCAACAUCUCAAAGCUUACCAGGGAGAGGAUGUGAGCAUGGGCAUCUGGAUGGCUGCUGUUGGGCCUCGCAAAUAUCAGGAUUCAGGCUGGCUGUGUGAGAAGGAGUGUUACGUGGACAUGCUGUCGUCGCCUCAGCACUCGGCGCAGGAGCUGCGCUCGCUGUGGGACGGGAAGAGGAACUGCGGCGAUCCCUGCGGCUGCGCCUGGACCGAACACUGACACGCCACGUCAACGUCGUGCAUGUUCACAACGAGCACUCGACUGACGGGUUGGAGAUUUCUGUUCUUGUUUUCUUGACAUUUUCCCCCACACAUCAAUACGAGACACUAAUCAUGUUUACUUGUCCUUUAUAUGCCCGCUCUGUUAUUGGUCUUAUUCACACGCCGGCUCUGUAGAUCCACCACCAGAUGUCAAAUAAACACAGGGUUUGAGAAUCACCAGGGCAGCUUUACCUGUUCUUCCUCUUAUUUAAUGUCUAUGUUGCUUUGCGGCCGCUUUGCGUUCUCUAUCGCUGCGAGUUCAAAAUUGCAAAGCACGCAAAUCCUUUUCACUGCUUUUAUCUUAGCUGGAAGCCAAAAUUGUUACACUGAAACGUUCAUUUAUGAACAAUAAAACAUUACAACAGGA